AUGUGUUGUACUGGUGGAAAGGUAUCAUUUUCACGAGUUAACGCUCCUAUAGAAUUGCAACAAUUAUUUUUGGAUGGUUCAGUAGAAGGAAAGCAUUUUAGGCAACAUAUUCGAAGUUACAACCAUGUGCUCUCAUCCACUUCAAUUGGUGUUCACGUUGAUGAGAAUAUUCUUGCAUAUGGUCGUGGUAUAUAUACAUUUUGUGCUCAAGGUGCUUUUUACCAUAAAAUAUGA